AUGGAAAAUGGACAAGAAGUUUUUGAAAAUGAACCGAAAUGUUGUACGUUUGAUAUAAAUGAAUCCGGCGAAUUGAAUAUUUGUAAAAUGAAUCAAGAAGUGAGUUCCGGGAUCUUGAGGUCUCUUUUAAAUAGCCCGGCAACUCAGAAAAUGCGCAUCAAAAAUUUCUUUCUAGACCUUCACAUAUCUUUUUCGCGGUUACGAACUUUGGACAUCAAACCCUGAAAGAAGUUCACCAUUCCUAUCUGAAAAUCGAAAAAAUUUUGCUAUAAUUGUUUCAGUCAGUGAUCCUAUGAAUCCAACAAGACCAACUACAAAAAUUGGCAUGGUUUUUUGCCAUGACAUCCGUUUCCAGUGAGUUACUCUAAUUCAUAUUUGUUUCUAAUUAUUAUGAUUUCAGAGCUUUCCUAAAUUAUUGUCGGAGAUUGGGACUUAUCAGCUAA